AUGCUUACUGCUGCUCCGCAGCCCAUAGCAGCAUCCGGAUCAGCAUCAGCUCCUGUGAUUGUGGAACUCCCGCCCGAGCCUGUGGUUAGUCAGUCGCAGGCGCAGGCGUCGCAGGCGACUCAGGCGACGGGUCGCGGAGGCACGGGAGGCGCACCUGCUCUCAGCCAGCCGCAAGCCCAAUCUUUGCCACCCUUCCAGCAGCAGCAGCAGCAGCAGCAGCAGCAGCAGGCGAGUCUGCAGACCCUGCAGUCGUCUGUUCCCGCGCAUCCUUCCCUGCCUGCCGUCCAGUCGACUGCUCCCACUUCCUCCAGCGGCCUCCCUCCAAUCCCGGGGGGCUUCUCCCAAGGACCUUCCUCGGGUUCUCACCCCCAGGCCUCGAUACAGUCACAAUCGGUACAAGGGCAGGGCAUGCAGGGAGGGGUGCUUGGACAGGGGAUUCAGGGUCAGGGCAUGCAGGGGCGGGGGUUGCAGGGGCAGGGGUUGCAGGGGCAGGUGUUGCAGGGGCAGCAGCAGCAGCAGCCUGUGGUGCAGCAACCGACGGUAACCGGAGGGCAGGUGCUGACGGGUUCAGGCGUAGCAGAAGCACCGCCGUCGCCACCAUCAGCCGUUGGAGGGGGCUCCGUCCCUGCGUCUCCUGCAGUGCGCACAGCCUCGGGAGGAGGUUCGGUGCAGCGUGCCGGACCUAGCUCGCUGCUUCGGCAAGGGUCCGGGGUGGGAGGUGCUCCCCAGCUAGUGCAGUCCGUGCCUUCGUGUCCUCAGGUGGGAUUCGAAGUGGCUUCUAGCGCGGAUAGCUUUCCCAACCAGCAGGGUCAGCUAAGCCAGCAGCAGCAGGGACAGGGGCAGGGGCAGGGUCAGGGGCAGGGGCAGGGGCAGGGGCAGCAGGGUCGGAUGGCGAGAGUGGGUAGCUGGAAUGACCUGACGCAGCAGAGUGGAGCAGCAGGGGCUGCGGGAUCAGUAGCAGGGGCGGGCAUGCAAGGGGCGGGAGUGGGAGGAGGAGCGGGUGUGGGAGACGUGAGUCAACCCAUGCCCAUGGACGUCCUCCCCCCUGUAGCACCUGCUGUAGCACCUGCUGUAGCACCUGCUGUAGCAGCUCAGCCAGCAGACGAAGGCCUGCUGCUAGGCGCCAUUCCUCGCCGCAUACUGCCUGCUGUAGCUGCAGCAUCAGGGGACGGCGCAGGGGGGUGCGCCAGUGGCACUGGCUCCUACUCCGCCUGUGAUUUCCGCAGCUCUGUUCCUCCUCAGGUGCUCUCCUCCCCCCAUGUGAUACCCUCCGUGCCUAGCUCGCCCCAACGCCCGGCUUCGCUUGCUGGCGGCGCUACUUCGGCAGUGGCGCCGGCUGUAGCAGCUGCUUCAGCUGCAGUAGCCACGUCAGCAGCAGCAGCAGCAGCUGGUGUUGACGUGGAUCGAUGCAUUCUCGUGCCAGGCUCGGGGAUGAUAGUCGGCCUGAGCGGUCUCGAAGGCACGCCCCCUCGUGUGGAAAUGGUAGAGCCGCUGGCGUUGAGGAUGGUUCGAGAGGCGGGUGGGCGGAUGCCGAGUCCUCUGAGGGAGAGCAGGGAGGGCAGGGUGGAAGGGCUGGUGUGCCUGGCUCCUGCUUCGAGCUUUGUGGAGGAUUCGGCAGAUUCUUGCAUCCUGCAGCAGCAGCAGCAGGCGGUUCAGCAGCAACAGCAGCAGCAGCAGCAGCAGCAGCAGCAGCAGCAGCAGCAGCAGCAGCAGCAGCAGCAGCAGCAGCAGCAGCAGCAGCAGCAGCAGCAGCAGCAGCAGCAGCAGCAGCAGCAGCCGCCACCGCAGCAGCAGCAGCAACAGCAGCAGCUGCAAUCGCUCCCACAGCAGCAAACCCACCAGCAAUUUCAGCAACAGCAGCCACAGCAACAGCCCUUGCACUCACUUCCCAUUCCUACGCCCCCAAUGGUUCUUUCCACCUACCCUACAACCGAAGACGCCGUUCUUGAAAGAACAUCCCCAUUACUGGCCCCUCCAAUACAAAUACAAUCCGAGCCAGCAUCCGCCCUCUCCAAAGCACCCCCCUUGCAAUCCCUGGGGGACCGGCGCUCCCCGUUACCCCCAGGCCACUCCCCCUUGCCUCCCGGCCACUCACCCCUCCUAGUCACAAGAACCCCCGGCUCAGAACCCGCCCCGUUAGACCUGGAUAACUGUGGGGGGGGAGUGCACCUGGUGGGGAUGCAGUGUGAGGGGCUGCCGGUGGGGAUGCAGCAGCAGCUGCAGCAGGCGCAGGUGCAGAGCCUGCUGAAGCUGCAUAUGCAGGCUGCGGAGUCGAUUGGGCAGGCGCAGGUGGGCGGAGAGAGAGGUGGGGUCGGGGAGAGGAGCAGUAGGGGCAGGGAUGGAAUGCAGCAGCAGAUGCAGGGCCAACUGCAGCAGCCACAGCAGCAGGGGCAGGGGCAGGGGCAGCAGAUGCAGCAGCAGCAACAGGGGCUAUUUCAGAAAGGUGAAGGUUCUCCAAGCACUCUGUCGAAAGGCGUUCUGGGGGGGGUAGAUGUGGUGAAGGUGGAAAUGGUGGAGAUUCAGGACUUGCCCCUGAUUCCCCCUAUUGAUCUUCAAAAACAGCAGGAGCAGAUACAGCAGCAGCAGCAGCUACAGCAGCAACAACAGCAACAGCAACAGCUGCUACAGCAGCGAUAUCAACAGCGGCAGCAACAACAGCAGAUGUCAAUGUCACAGCAGCAGCACCUACAGCAGCUGCAAGCACAGGCGCAACAGCAGCAGCAGCAGCAGCAGCAGCAGCAGCAACAGCAACAGCAGCAGCAGCAGCAGCAGCAGCAGCAGCAGCAGCAGCAGCAGCAGCAGCAGCAGCAGCACCAACACCAGCAGCAGCAACAACAACAGCAGCAGUUACAGCAGCAGUUACAGCAGCAACAGCAACAACAACAGCAACAGCAGCAGCAACAGCAGCAGCAACAACAACAACAACAACAGAAACAACAGCAACAGCAACAGCAACAGCAACAGCAACAACAACAGCAGCAAUUAGGAGACACAGGGCAGAGGCAAGGAGAAGGGCAAGGGCAAUGGACAGGAACCCCCCAUGGGGCAGGAGCAGAGGUGAAGGCAGAAGAGUAUGGCCUCUUUGAUAGUUCCCAUGGGACACACGGGGGUGCAAACGGGCAUGUGAGCGGUCACGGAGCGGGGCUAGGUGCUGGUAGUGGUGGUGGUGGUGGUGGUGGUGGUGGUGGUAUAGGGAGUCACGAGGAGGAGGACGAGGAGGAGAUGGAUGAGAUGGAUGAUGAGGGGGAUGAGGAGGAGGAGGAACACCUUCAGCUGCACCAUCAGGGGCAGAUGCCCCAGUCCCACCCGCACCACCGCUCGUACCCGCCGCACUUGCUCCUCCACCCGUCACACCCCGCCCACCCUUACCAGCAGAUGCAGCACCUGCCGCCACACUUCCCUUACUUCCACCCGAGGAAUGGCGUGACAGGGCAUGCCAUGGGGCUCUCGUCUGUCUCCUCCUUCGCCUCUUCUUCCAUCCCGACUGCUUCAGCUGCAGCAACUGCUGCUGCUGCUGCUGUUGCGGCUGCUAGUGCUGCUGCUGCUGGUGGUGGUUCGUCUGGUGGUGCCUCUCUCACUGCUACCGCACCUGUGAUUGCUGCUGCUGCUGAUGCUGGCACUGCUGGCGCUGGUGUUGCCGGUGCGGCUGGUGCUGCUGCUGCUUCUGGCGCCCCACCCCGAUGGAACCCCUCCCUUCCCCCACACGCCCAAUCUAUGCCUCCUAUCAUCCCACCCGCCCCACCCGCCCCACCCACCUCUGCUUCCACUCCUGCUGCCAACGGCCCUCCCCCUCCGCAGCCCCUCCCUGCUCUUAACAACCUCCCUCGCAUCACCGGAGUCCCUGCUGCUGCCACCGCGCCCAUCCCCCCCGCACCCAUCCCAACCACUCUCAACCCCCUGCUGCUCCCGCCCUCACUCCCAACCCUCGACCCGGCAGUCCUAGCCUCGGUUCUAGACUCGGACGCGCGUCAGAGGCACCUUCCCGAGCCUCCAGACACGGACAUGCAGGCAAUGCUGAAGGCGCUACCUGAGCAGGGGCAGCUGGUGAAGGCUGUUCUAGAAGCAGGGCCGCUGCUGCAGCAGCUCCUGGCAGCGGCGCCCAUCCCCCCUUGGAGACCUUCCCUGCAACCUGCUGAUCACCCUUCUGCUGCUGCUGCUGCUGCGACGGCGGCAGCGGCAGCGGCGGCUGCGGCUGCUGGUGCUGAUCCGGCUGCGCUGUUUGUGCGGCAGCAGGAGGCGCGAGGGGAGAGGGAGCAGCAGGAACAGAUGCAGGGUUUGGGGCAGCAGCACCACAGCCAGCAUCACCAGCACCAGCAGCAAGCGGCAGUAGCAGCAGCAGCAGCAGCAGGACAAGGAGGGCAGCAGGGGCAGGCAGGUGGGGGAUCAUCCCAGCCAACUUCUGAACCGCUUUCCAUGCCCGCUGGUUCUCUCCCUCCUUCCAUGGCUCCUCUGCCACGUGUCAGGCUCCCAUUCGCUCCCUCCAGCGCCGCAGCAGCGGCAGCAGCAGCAGCUCUCGGCGUGGGUCCCUCCCCGAUCCCUCUCCCGCACCUCACAGCCGCAGCUGCAGCUGCAGCCGCAGCAGCAGCAUCAGCCCGACCCCCUGCCUUGCCUGUCCCUGUGCCUAGCUCCUUCGGCCCUGCCUCUGCUGCUGCUGGUGCUGCUGCAGCGGCGGCAGGGGCGGCGGGAGCAGGGGCGCAUCCAGCGCUCUUCCAGUCGUACGGCCCUCCCAUUCUCGCCAACGGCCAUCUGCCCCAAUCAUCCUCGUCAUCAGCUAGAAUGAAAGGCGAUGCCUCAGGGCUGUUGUGA